GCAGCCAUUUACUCUUUUCCUCUUCGUUUCAACGCCGGAGAACAUCUAACGCCACGACACAUCUGAUAAUGGCAGAAGGCGAGCCACAGGUUCAGUUCAAGCUUGUGUUGGUAGGCGAUGGAGGAACGGGAAAGACCACUUUCGUCAAAAGACAUCUGACGGGAGAGUUCGAGAAAAAAUAUGUUGCCACACUGGGAGUGGAGGUGCACCCACUGGUCUUCCACACUAACAGAGGGGCUAUCAAAUACAACGUCUGGGACACAGCCGGCCAGGAGAAGUUUGGUGGGCUCAGAGACGGCUACUACAUCCAAGCCCAGUGUGCAAUCAUCAUGUUUGACGUCACAUCUCGAGUCACCUACAAGAACGUACCCAACUGGCACAGGGACUUGGUGCGCGUCUGUGAGAACAUUCCCAUAGUCCUUUGCGGAAACAAGGUGGAUAUCAAAGACAGGAAAGUCAAAGCCAAGAGCAUCGUGUUCCAUCGCAAGAAGAACCUUCAGUAUUAUGACAUCUCUGCCAAGAGUAACUACAACUUUGAGAAGCCUUUCCUGUGGCUAGCGCGGAAGCUGAUUGGAGACCCCAACCUGGAGUUUGUUGCCAUGCCCGCCCUAGCACCCCCAGAGAUCCUCAUGGACCCAUCCCUCGCCGCGCAGUACGAGCACGACCUCAAAGUUGCGUCAGAAACAGCGCUCCCAGAUGAAGACGAUGACCUUUAACCUGUUACCAGUGACACGCCCCCCCCUACCCGACCAAUCCCCAUGCGGCAGGAAGUUGUCUGAGUUUUGGCUUCUUUACUGUAAAAUCCCGUUGCAGAUUUAUUUUUAUUUUUGAACUUUUUUUUUUCCUGUUUUGUUUGUUUUAAAACUGAAAGACAAACUUGGUGAAGUCGUGUGGUUCUCUAGUUUCACUGUAAGACACGCCCACCCUCGUGUUGUCAUGGCAAUGCGCUGCUCACCAUCGAGCUCCAAGCUUUGCCCUUACCUGGCCCCAACGCUGGCCUAAGGCAGACCAUCCGGAAGCACUUGGGGGUGGAAUUAACUUUGAAAUAAAAACAUUCUCGAUAU